UUUGUUGUUGUUCUGUCUGGUGGACAGAGAAAGGGAAUGUGGCAGUUGUGACAUUUAAAAACCAGGAAACGGGAAAGUCCGAGGCUGAACCUGAUGGAGCUGCAGCCGUAACUUUGUCUGACGGGAGACGGUUUUUGCCAGACUGAGGUGAGAACAGAGCCGUACCAAAUCUUCUCAGAGCAGCGGAGGUCACCCCUGGACACCGCCAUGAGAGAAGAGGUGUCCUGCACCAACUCCCCUGAAGGAGGGCUGGGGGCCAGCGAGGAGGAGCUGGAGAGGGCGUCCAAAAAGACCCUCCAAAAUCGAAAACGAUCGCCUUAUCCAAAGAAGGACAGCCUCAGUCAGACGGAGGAGAGCAGCACCGGCAGCCUGCUGCCCACCGGGCCUAAGAAAAUCAAGAAGAGCCCCUCGACCAUCGUGACGUUGGCCCCCUCCUCCCUGGGGCCCAGGCCUGAGGCUCCCUUCGAGGAGCUCCACUCUCAGCGCGUCAUCGCCAACGUCCGGGAGCGUCAGCGCACUCAGUCUCUGAAUGACGCCUUUGCCUCCCUACGCAAAAUCAUCCCCACGCUGCCCUCCGACAAGCUGAGCAAGAUCCAGAUCCUGAAGCUGGCCUCGCGCUACAUCGACUUCCUGUACCAGGUGCUGCAGAGCGACGAGAUGGAUGCCAAGCUGGCCAGCUGCAACUACCUGGCCCACGAGAGACUCAGCUAUGCCUUUUCGGUCUGGAGGAUGGAGGGGGCCUGGGCCAUGUCCACCAGCCACUAGGACCCCAACAAACCUCUGUCACACACCCUCCUGUGUCCUCACCUCCACCCUCUCAACCUCUGUCUGUGUUUGCACCCACUUCCUGACCUUUGACCCCCUGAAUGACUUCCUUAUGGUCUGAUCACAACCUCCAUCUAAAACCUUUGCUUACAUCUCUGAUCCUGCAGAACCUCUGUGCUGCAUGAUGGUUCACUGCCUUCUUUUUAUAUUUUUACAGCUGAGCUUAAGUUUUAGCAAACUUCCACACCUGUCCACCACCCCCAACACACACCCCCAACACACACACACACACACACACACACACACAAACACACUGUUUCCAGUUUUCGUCCUUGUCCGUCCCACAGUUUUGUCCAGAGCAGCAUCACUUCCCUGCAGCUCGUCAGAUAAACCAUUAACGAGGAAUUCUUCAAUUUGCUCCUGCUUCUUCAGAUUUUCUACAUUUUCCCCACCCUCACGCACCCC